AUGAAAUAGUUCCUUUUCAUAUUGCUUUUGAAAUUUUCCGAUUUCUCUACAAUUUCAGAUGCUAAUGCAAUUUCAACUUAAAUAAAUUUUUGUGGUUUGGAUAUAAAAUCAAAUAUAAGAGGAAACUAUCAAGAUGUAGCUAAACAAGAUAAUGGGGCCUUUUUAUAAUCUGCUAGAAGUAAUUUAUUCAUUGCUUCAAAUCUUGAAAAUUGUCCUCUUAGAAAUUUACUUUAUUUUAAAACAUCCUCUAUCGGGCAUAUUGCUGUAAAUCUACAUGGUAAAAUAAUUAUAUAAUUUCUAUAAACUUAUGAAAUAAACAGAAUUAGAUUUUGGAUGUAUGACUUAGAUGCAAGAAUCACUGAUAUACAAAUUUUUACAACAGGAUCAGAUCGAGUAACAGAAACAAUUAUAUUUGAUGGACUUGUAAAACCUGGGGUAGCAACUGUUAAAUUUAAUGAUUAAUUAGUUUCUAAAAUAAGAUUUUAUAACAAAGCAGGAAACAGCUUGUAUGAGCAUAUGUCAAUAAUAAAAAUUGAGGCAUAUUACGGCUUUUGA